AUGGGAACAAGACUCUACGAAGAAUUUAUGAAAAAACUCAAGGUUCCUCCAGUCCAGCGGUUCAACAAGAAACAGGAGAACAAGGAAAUAGUCAUUGCCAUUCCUCUAAAAGGAGGCACAGGCCAACCAGAAGAACUAGAUGAUAACUUUGUGAAAGUGAUACAGUAUGAAUAUGCAGUUAGGUACUUGGAGCAGAUUGGCAUUGAGCCUAAUAGCAAAAAUAUAGCCAAUUUACUCAAGACCGCACCUCUGAGUUCAUGUGAAUUCUCUCCUGGGUGGAAUAACAGUGGAUGGCUUGCUGAUAUACUUUACAUCUAUCCAAAUAAAGUCAAGAAAUAAUCAUUUGAAAACAAUCGAGAAGCAAUAUUGCAGAUGAAAGAACAAUAAAACAAAAAUAAUAAUCUAAACAGCACUAAUGAAAUAGACCCAUUGGCGUCAAUGCUUCUUAACCCAUAACUGAAUCAAGAUCAGAAGGAAAACAAAGACUCUCUGAACAAUGUGGCCAAUGCAAAGCAGAAAGCAAUGUCAAUCUAUGAAAUGAAUGUGAACCGUUUUCAGUAGUUUCAUGAUGAGUCCAUUAAAAAGUACAACCAGUGGAUCAAGAAGCGCCAAGAUCAAAACGUCGAGACUCUCAAAAGAGAUAUUGAAUCCAAAAAGAAAAACGAAAUGAAUCUAGAUCUGGACUAUUGGAAGAAGAAAUUCCUGUAUCCCUAUGCUCUUGAUACUGGUCCAUUAAAGCUAAAUGAGUCAUCUGUUGGGUAAGUAAGUGCAGACGAUAUCGCACAGCAAUAAAAGAUUAUGGAAAAACUUGGAAAAACUAAGAACUUUAAUAUAUUAGAAACUAACGCACUUUAGUUUCCACUUAGUUAGAUUUAAAACAAGGAGGAAUACUUGUCUGAAUUGCAAGCUCCUAUCCAGAUAACAAUCGAAUAAAUCAUCAUGGACAUGUUUAAGUACACAAAGGAUUUCCCAAUCAAAGUCAUUCCCCACAUCACAGAGGGUAAGGAAAUCAAUGAUGUGAUUCAUAACUAUAAAAAGACUAAAUCCUCUGCUUAGAUUAAUGCAUCUGGGACUUAAAACAAUAACACAAUCAUCCAGAAACAAUCUGCUUUCUCACUUCUGUAAAAUGCACAGUUGAAAAAGAACAAUCUUGCCUUAGAGCAGAAUAAGCCUAAUCUUAACUUCGAAGAUAUUAUGAAAUCACUGAAAGAGAUUUAGAGUGAAAAGAUAGCUAGACUCAUUGGUCUUGCUAGUCAUCUGGUCUAUUGGAGUGUCUUUGGCCACAUUAAUUAACUCCCUCUAGAUUCCUAUCACAAAAAAUUACUGUUUAUAUCAAUAGCUUAAACUUAAUCAGAGUUAGAGAGUAAAUAUACAGGGAAGCGAGUGUUCUCCACUUUUAUCAUGCCUAUGAUUAUACUAGCUAUUGCAAUGAAACUAAUUAAUGAUGUCAUCACACAUAUUCUCGACCCUAACCUUUAUUAUAGCAGAUUUAGUUUCUUAGAAUCAGGUAUGGAAGCAAUAAAUAUAAAAUAUGAGAAAUCUAAAACUUCAACUCUGCCUAAAAUUAGAAACAAAUUUUACACGAGAUCUGCUUUGGUUCAGCAACUAAUUCCAAACCCAUCAGAGGGCAAAGUUAGAGCUAUCUUUGGUGGCAACGAUAAAUAAAGUUAUGGGUCCCUGAGUACAGCUGCUUAGAGUGCAUAGCCUGGUUUUAGAAAAAGAUUUAAUAAUAAUAAUGAAUUCGCUUCUACCUAGAGAGAGACAGCUUAGACUGCCAUGGUUAAUAAUAGAAAACCAAGACUAAAUUCUUAUCUGACUUAAAAGCCUAGUCUGGGCAAUCUUUAAGCUUAGAACGGAGGUGAUGAAAUAGAUCCUAGCUUAGAACUACUCAAUCGAGUAUAGAUGUUCCAAAUAGCUGUUAACAAAAUUAAUCACAAUUUAGAGAUUAGGAAAAAAGAACCGAUAUUCAAACUAGCAUCUAAUUCUAGCAACACUAAUACUACUGGUCAUAUGUUUCAAAACAAAAGAUGA